GUGCACGUGCUUCACUUGGUUUCUGGCAAGCUAGGCAGCUCGAACAGAUUCCCGUGCAAAGCAUUGCGCUUGUUAGGAGACGUCCGCAGCGUGCAUCUGUGCUGCUAAAUCCGUGAUGGCUCAUUUAGACGUUCAAGCCUGCCCUCCAGGAACGAAGGGAUUGCUGUGAAUUAUUAGAUUAUUUUUUUGCCUCCAGCCGGCGACGUGCGCCCCCCUUCCCACUUCAAAGCUGUCUCGCUCCUCCUACUCCCUUUUCCUCGCCACCUCCUCUUGCUGCACUUUACAGACGCUCCCCUGCUCAGCUGCAGCCCGGGAGCUGCUGUUUGGGACGCUCCGGCGUGGAUGCGGUUGCAAGAGUAAGGUGUUUGGAGCCAUUUCCUAAGUGGGCAGGUAGCUGUGUGGAAGAUCUUGGAUCCCCGAGUGUCACCCUGGCUCAGGUUAGCAGCAUCCGUCCCACCUGGGGAGGGAGGACAAUGACCGAAAGUAACCACCAUCACCAACGGGCAACUAGGGGACGUCGUGGAUCGGGAGCAAAGCAAGUGAAGGAAGACAAUGAAGCUUAUAAAAUAGCUGUACCUUUGGACGAGCCGCGCCAAAUGGAAUCGCAGACUCAGACUCAGCAACAGUUGUAUUAUGGUCUGAGCCCUCCUCAGAAUUUUGAUGAGACACCGGAGAUGCCAGCUCCCUCGUUGACCUUGGUGACCAGCAUGAGAACUCAGCUGCACAUGGCCCUGGAGAGGAACUCCUGGCUGCAGAAGCGAAUUGAGGACCUGGAGGAAGAACGGGACUUCCUGCGUUGCCAGCUAGACAAGUUCAUCUCCUGCGCCCGUCUGGAUGCUGAUGAGCACUGCCGCAGCAAGCAGCUCCCACGGCGGUCCGAGGUGUCUGACAGCAGGAACGGGGACGUGACAGACGACGACAGUAUGGGCUCCUGGAUGAGUGCCAGCCCCGAGGAAGGAGGCUCCGCGGAGCACAAGAAGCAGAAAGGAGGGGUCAACAGGCGGCGCUUUGCCAAGCCCAAAGUCCGCGAGAGGCAGAGAGUCAAAGAUGUGGAUGGGGUGCUGUGCCGCUACAAGAAGAUCCUGUACACUUUCCAGAAGCUGCAAAGCAUGAGCCGGGCCUUUGAGCACCACCGUGUGGACCGUAACACUGUGGCCUUGACCACGCCCAUCGCCGAGCUCCUCAUCGUGGCCCCUGAAAAGGUGGCGGAGGUGGGGGAAUUUGACUCGUCCAAGGAGCGCCUGCUGGAGUAUUCCCGCCGAUGCUUCAUGGCUCUGGACGAUGAGACUCUCAAGAAGGUCCAGGCGCUCAAGAAAAGCAAACUCCUCCUGCCCAUCACCUACCGCUUCAAGCGGAAAACGGACACCCCCGGCCCGGCGGCCAGCAAUUCCUUACCCUCGCCCACUACCCCACCCAAGCCCCCUCCGCCCAUUGCUGACUGCUUUAAGCGAUGAUUCCCCCUCCGGGCUUUGCCUGAACCCACUUUGACAGCCCUCUAGUCUCUAUUUCCGUCUACCGUAGUUAUUGAGGAAGCUCCUGCUGUGCUCCCCUGGGGCUCUUCUGCCUUCCUUGUCAGCCCCUUUCACCCUUUCCCACAGUUUCUAGUGCUAAAGGCAAGCUCUGCCUUUGUAAGGCAAGUGGGAUGCUUUUAUCCUGGCACAAUCAUCUCUUUGGGAAGCAUCAUCUGACCAGGCGCUCCCGUUUAUAUGUCAGCUGGUUAAAGGCUACUGAGAUGAACUGGAUUAAAUUCACUCCAUUUACUUCCAUCUUAAGAACUGGCAAAAUGACUGCCCAGUGGGAGUAGCGGGGGAGCAGGUUAGUGGGACAGAGUACAUCCCAUUCAUAGGUAAAGUGCUGUGGUGGAGAGGUUGCUUCAGACUGGCUGUGCAGGUACAGUAACACCUAUAGGACCGCCAAGGCAUUCAUCAGAGACGGUGUCUGCUGCCUUGCAAAUAAGCUACGAGGUGACACAUUUUUCUUACACAACACUCCCCUGCAUACUGCUUAUUUGUGGCACGUCAGCAGCCCCAAAGGGCUGAAUAAACAUUGGCAGAAAUUUCCCUGCCUUGUUGCUCGGAGGCCAGUUGUGUUUGCCGUAGGUAAGUGUGUGUGUUUGCGAGCUUGUUUUAACAGCUCCAGAACUUGGGGCAGGGAUGCUCAAGAUGGCUCGGCCUUCCCCUGAAGGCAAUGUCUGUCUCCUUAAGAAGUUAGCGUAGACAAUGGAUUUACCCACCUCACGUGCCAUCUCACUGCUCCCCUCCCCUUUCCAGCCUGCUGUGAAGCAAGAC